AUGGCAGCUGAUGGUCCGCACGCCGUCCCGAACGUCGGCCCUGACUAUCAACGAAUCCCUGCAUUCAUGACGGUUUUCCACCAGGGGCGAUUCCAUGAUGACAUGCGACUGCUAGACGAUUUCGUUGGGGUUAACGGCCAUGACAUACCGUUCGAUUGCAGGCUUGUAUGGCCGAAUGGAAUGCGUUAUAGAGUGCGAGUUCUAAAGCUUGGACAUGGGUUCUUCUUCUCCUCCGGAUGGAGAGAUUUUAUUCGUGACACCGGCGUUUUACACGGCGAUACACUUACCUUCACUUUGGUAGAUGUAGGAAUGUUCAACGUUAAAAGGUUUAAUAGCGAAACUCAAUGCCCCCCGCAAGGAGACGUCAACGUUGUCGACGAAGACGAUGGGGAAGGUAGCCAUGCAAUGGACCUCGCAACGUCCGAAGAUUACGUGCCAUCUGAGACUGACUCUGAAACAACGUUUGAUGACGAUUAUGUGGAUGAUAGCAGGGCACUACUCAUCGACGGCUUCCCUACAUUCGCCGUUACACUCACCUCGACGAACAUCAAUCGUCGUCUGGAGAUUCCAUAUUGCUUUUGGCGCCGCCAUAUCCCAAACGGUGCAAUACAUGCAGGCGUGUAUCUAUCAACCGAAGAGUUGGACGAAGAGGAUCUUGACGAUGAGAUCUACAACCCCGACAUUGAUUCUUCGGAUGAUCAUGCCCCAUCCGACGUGGAAACGGAGUCGGCGGAGGAUAGUGAGUACGACGACGAGCGGGGUGCGCUUGACGAUGAUGCGUAUCCCACAUGGACAUUGAAACUGACCACAUCAAACAUCAAGCGCACAAUAGAAAUACCGGCCGACUUCUGGAACGUACACGCCAGUGCCGCGCCUCAGCAGAAUAUGGUGCAUUUUCUGGUGGAUGGGAAGACAUGGCGGGUGUUUCUCAAGCAUAGCAAGGGUAGGAUAUGGGUCAAGCAUGGAUGGCGUCGAUUCAAAGAAGCUAACGCUUUGUUCCCGGGCGUUCGUUGCCAUUUUAAGCUCGUCGAUGCUCAAGACAUCCAGUUCUAUGUGUGGUUUAAUCGGCCUUGA